AUGGUGGGGGCAAGGCAGCUUAGUCUUCGCUCCUACCCCUGGAAAGCUGAGCUGUGUCCUCGGCACCUGGACUGCACCCUUCAGCGGCGGAAGGAGUGUCCCCUGGGGUCCCAUGCCUGCGGCCCCUGCCUCCCCCAGUUCUUCGAAGACGGAGAGGGAAGAUGCGUGACCAAGACAGCAGCGCCCAAAGGGCAAACCGCUGUGGUCCCCAACCCAGAGGAGGAGAUUGACUUGGUGUCGGAUGCCCUCGCCAAGCAGGGCAGGGGGCCUCUGCCCCACAGCCAGGAAGAGAGCUCAGCCUCCACUGGCCAACUCUCCAGGAAUGGGGCAUCGAAGGCCGAGUCCUCGCAGAAUGGCCGGCGGGGGUGGCCAGACACGUCGUCUCGCCCCACCACAGAGCCGGUCCAUAACCCCCCAGUGGAGUCGACCCGCAUCUCUUCCAACGAUGCCCUCGUCCUCGGCCUGAUUGUCGUCUGCACGGUUGCAGGGGUGGCGGCCCUGGUGGUGGCGAUGAUCUGCUGGUGCAGGCUGCAGAGGGAGAUCCAGCUUGCCCAGAAAGCGGAUUAUCCAGCGAAUAAGCUGCCCCAGCCCCCCUCCUACGACAAGCUCUCUCCUGGCGAUCGGAAGCUGGCGCAGAGUGCCCAGAUGUAUCACUACCAGCACCAGAAGCAGCAGAUGCUCUGCCUGGACAAGAAUAAGGAGGAAGCCAAAGCUCCUGAAUCCGUCUCCUCGGAUGAAGAGAAUGAAGAUGGAGACUUCACGGUCUAUGAGUGCCCUGGCCUGGCCCCGACUGGAGAGAUGGAAGUGAAAAACCCCCUUUUUGAUGACUCCACUCUGCCCCCAAAGCUGCACCCCUGACCGGGAACUGUGGACUGUGCGCAGGACCUGUCCGAGGGCCGCCUGACCAAUGGCUCUCCUCUGCCCUCCUCCGCAAAUUCUUGGCUGAAAUAAAUCCGCCUUCUGGGCAACU